AUUAAAAAGAGGGUAUUAGACAUUGAUUAUUAUUAAGCGUACACAUGGUCGAUUGCUGAUUUUUUUCUGACAGACAGAGAAAAUGCCUAAUAAGAAAUUCCUCAAUAAAAAAAGCAAGAGGGUAUCUGCUGCCAAAAGAUACAAGAUAGAAAAGCUGGUUCGCAUACACAACAAAAAAGCCAAAAAGGAAGCAAAGAAGAACCCAAACAAAUUUAUCAAAAAAAGAAAAGACCCAGGUAUUCCAAACAGUCUGCCCUUUAAGGAGUCAGUAUUACGGGAAGCUGAAGAACGUAAAAGAAAGAUAGAAGAGGAAAGAGAAAAAUUAAAGGAAAGAAGGAAAAAGGAGAGGGAAAAGCUUCAGAAUAAAAAGCGAAACUUAGUUUCUUUAGUGAAAGAUGCGGAGAAAAAGACACAGGCAUUUGAGAGGAAGAAAAAUGUGGGUGGAUCCAACCUUAGCCAGUUCUCUAGUGGUAAAUCUGUUGAAACCUCUCUUAAAGCAUACUACAAGGAAUUUAAAAAGGUAGUGGAUGCAGCGGAUGUGAUACUGGAGGUACUGGAUGCGCGCGAUCCCCUCGGCAGUCGCUGCGCUCAGAUGGAGGAGACGAUCAUCAGCAGUGGAACCAACAAAAAACUGGUCCUCGUACUCAACAAAAUAGAUUUGAUUCCCAGGGAGAAUGUAGAAGACUGGUUAAAAUACCUGAGAAAUGAGUUCCCCACAGUUGCCUUUAAGGCAUCUACUCAAACACAGAGUGAAAAUCUGAGUCAGACCAAGGUGGCCCUGAAGCACGCCAGUGAUGACCUGCUGAAGUCAAGCCACUGUCUGGGGGCCGACCUACUGAUGAAGCUGCUGGGCAACUACUGCAGGAACCAGAACAUCAAGACCGCCAUCAGGGUGGGGGUAGUAGGGUUGCCUAACACAGGAAAAAGUAGCUUGAUUAACAGUCUGAAGAGGUCCAGGACAUGCAAUGUAGGAGCCAUGCCAGGAGUCACCAAAUCAAUGCAGGAGGUACACUUGGACAAACACAUCAAGCUGCUGGACAGCCCGGGGGUGGUGAUGACGGCCAGCUCCUCCGACACCUCGGUCAUCCUCAGGAACUGUGUCAAGCUGGAAAGUUUAGAGGAUCCGAUUCACCCUGUUGAUGCCAUAUUGAAGCGUUGUUCCAAAGAGCAGUUGAUGCUUCAUUUUAAAGUUCAAGACUUCAAAGAUACCAAUGAGUUUCUCUCUCUGUUGGCCACUCGACAAGGCAAGCUGAAGAAAGGGGGAGUUCCAGAUAUUAACAAAGCCGCCAGGGCGGUAUUACAGGAGUGGACAUGUGGUAAAAUCACGUAUUACACACAUCCCCCAGAGAAACAAAUGACACAUGUAAGUGCGUCCAUUGUCCAAGAGAUGAGCAAGGAGUUCAACAUCGACGACCUUCUGAAGGAGGAACUGGAUGUAUUGGAAGGAUUGAAAUCAAAAACAACCAGUCACAUGUUGGUGGACUCGCUUGGACCUGCCAAAAUUGUCAUGUCCGAGGAAGAGAUCAAAGCAGAAGAAGAUGAAGACAUGCAGGAGGAAGAUGAUAGUGAAGAGGAAGAGGAGGAAAUGAUGGAAGAUGAUAUGGAUGAUGACAUGGAAGAGUUGAAGGCUACAUCGGUUCCUGUUGUGAAGUCCACUAGGUCUUCAUCGAGGAAGUCGUCAGUCAGCUCUGACGCUCCCCAGAAACCCCUCCCUACCGGUCAGGCCCUGGGGCUCAAACAGCUCAACAAGGACCGCAAAAAGGACUUCAAAAAGAUGAAAAAACAGAGGAAACGAUCAGAUAAAGUUGCCGGUGAAUUAUCAGAAGCUCUUACGUCAGCCUUCGGUGCACAAGAUGAGGAAAAUUAUGAUUUUAAUGUAAUGAAAAUGUAAAUAAAAAUCUUAAUGUGAUUAAAAGAAA